UCGUCGAUACUCUUGCAGUGCAGGUAGAUCUAUCAACAAGAUGGCUACUGUUGUCGAUAUCAAGGUGAAUGAUUUUGUUAAGAUUGAUGGUAAAGAUGGGGGAAGAGUGUUAUCCGUUGUUCAACCUCUUGGAACAUACAGAAUGUUCAAUGUGAAGAUCAAUACUGGCCAAGUUCGACAUGUUGCUGGAUACAGGUUAACAAAGGUACCUGAAACAGUGUCAUCGACGAGUGGAUUGUCAUCGAACCCUACAUUUAACAUCCCUGAUGAGGUGUACAAUGAUCUUCUUCGUGACGAUUUCUUUGAUGAUAGCCAUAAUGAUCUUGAAUUUCAACCGAGGUAUGAUCAUUCUGGAAUAGAUAAAUUCGUUCAAGGUAAUCAAAAUAAAAACACUCUUCGGAAAACAAACUAUGAUGUUAAACGAUUGUUUGCUUUCAUGGCGACAAAUGGCGACACGCGUCCAAUUGAAUCUAUCGACAAAAGCGAACUUUGUGACAUUCUGUGUACUUUCUUUAUCUCGUUACGAAACCCGGACGGUAGCAACUAUGAACCUUCAUCUUUGAGGGGAAUGUUAUCCAGUAUUGAAAGAUAUCUGAAGUCAAAACACUACUCGACGUCACUAUUCUCGGACGGGACAUUCGUGAAACUACAUGACGUACUAAAAACAAAGCAAAAGCUGUUGAAAAGUGAAGGAAUGGGAAACCUACCUCGACGCGCGGAAUCUCUCUCCGACGAUGAUAUCAACAAGCUAUGGGAAUGUGACCAGCUCUUUCCGAACACACCUGAAUCCAUCCUCAACACGCUAUGGUGGAACAACACCGUUCACUUUGGUAUCCGGAGUGUCAAACCUCACAACGGCAUGCGAUGGGGCGACGUUUCUUUGCAUGUUGACAAUGAAGGCAAGGAAUUCCUUCAGUUUAGGGAGCGACAGUCCAAAACUUAUCAAGGUGAUAAUCUCGACCAUGCACGUAACAUAUACCCAAAAGCAUGGGCGACGAAUGAUGAGCGUUGUCCAGUUAACCUGUACAAGCGUUUUGCUGAUCUGAGACCAUCAGAUUAUUCAUCGCCGGAUUCACCAUUUUAUUUGGCCACCAACUGCAAAGAUGCCUCCCAUUCUCAUCCCUGGUUUAAACGUCAACCGGUCGGUGUCAACAAACUAGGUACAAUUAUGAAAAGGAUGGCUAAAUCAGCUGGUUUGGACAAUCGAAGAUUCACGAACCAUUCAGCACGCAAAUACCUUGUGCAGAAGCUCGCUGACCAGAACAUUCCUCCAACUGAAAUCAUGCAGAUAUCUGGACAUCGUAAUGUGCAAAGCAUCAAUAGUUACAGCAAUAUUUCCAUGGAUCGUCAUCGUGCCAUCAGUAACAUCCUUAGUAGCAACAACGACCAGCCUGGUUCGCUUGUACCUCCGUCACACAUAGCAGCAGCGAGUGCAAGUGAACUCCCCUCCACCGUCAACGUUACGUCGAGUCAAUCUCGGAACGCUGUCACUUGCUUUGGUUCAUUGCACUCCAUUUUCUUGGCUCCAAUAUAA